UAUAACAGAACUUGCUAGCUAGCCUAUUUAGCUAAAUUACACCUCUUUUCAUCAAUAGUUCAUCAAUGUCUAAAGUUUAUCCUCAAGCUCCAUCAUCCUCAUCAUCACCAUCCUCAUCAUCUCCAUACAUUAGUUUAAAGCAAGAAUGCUUUACAAUAUGGAUGAAGUCUCUAUUGUACAAUAGCCAUGGUUGCACGGCUUAUAACUCGAAUGGAGAAAUCGUUUACCGGGUUGAUAACUACGACAAGAAAUGUAGCUCACAAGUCUACUUGAUGGAUAUUCUAGGCAAUGUUCUUUUUUCGAUACAACGAAAGAAGUUACGAAUUUUUGGAUGUUGGGAUGGAUAUAAAUGGGAUUUUUCCAAGAAACAACGAUGGUUUCGUGUUACAAGCAAACGACAAAAGAUUCAAGUUGAUUUGGGGAUAGAUCAAGGACUUGGUUACAAGAUUGUUAAAAGUUGUGGGAAAUUAGGGUUCAAGAUUGUGAAUCUUGAUCAAGAUUGUGCCUUGGUAGCAGAAAUUAAACGAAAGCAAACGCCUUCUGGGAUUGAUCUUGGAAAUGAUGUAUUUACGUUAAGUGUAGAACCCGGUGUUGAUCAAUCAUUGAUCAUGGCUAUUAUCAUGGUUUACGGGUUGAUUCAUCGUCAACUUUAAAGAUCAUUUUUUGCAAGAUUUGAUUGUGGAUCUUGUUAAUUUACUUCGAUCGAGCUAGCAUCAAAAGCCAGAUUUGAUUGUGGGUUCUGUUUUAUGAAGUUUUGAAGAGAACUAAAUUAGAUGGAUGAUCACAAAAUGAAGAUUGGAAAUUGAUGACGAAGAUGGUAUAUUGAAACGUAAUCUUAAUUGUGACUAUUUGUAAAUCAUACGAAAAUUUUGAUUGGUUUUUGGUGAUUAAUCAUGUUUAGGUGGAUUUACCUAAAAUGAUAAAUAUGUAUACGAUGAUGUACACAUAAAAAUGAGUACAAUAUAUACUACAAUUGUUAUA